UCUUUUCCGGGAUUUCAGUACCUGUAUUAGCAUAGUCGUAUAAUGCUUGAUUUGCUAACUCAUAAUGUAAAGUAAUUUCACGUAAAGCCACGUCCGCAUGAUAGAGUACUUGCUGGAUUGCCUGACUGGAAAACUGUCUGAUAAUACAAACAGAAAGACAACUCGACUUUCAGCAUUGGUCCAUCUCACCAUGUCCAACCAGCCCAUCCAAAAUAAAAAUGAAGGGGUUUACAUGUCCCUGAUGAGAGGCUUGAGAGAGCUGGACCUCCGGGGCCCCUGUGUUCCCAGUGACCUGGUGCUAAUUGGAGACCAUGCAUUUCCUUUAGCAAUGAACAGCCGAGGCCAGGUCCUGAUGGCAGCCUCUCUGUACGGCCGUGGAAGGAUUGUGGUUCUGGGUCAUGAGGGCUACCUGACCAAAUUUCCUGCUCUGGUAGAGAACGCUCUGACCUGGCUGAGAGGAGAUGGAUCUGACAACCUGUCUGUGGGGGUCCACAAAAACAUCAAGACAGUUGCUGAUAACAUCAGCAAAUCCAGCUUCCAAGCCAACGUUAUGGGGGCCUUCAGUGACAGUCUGGGUGUGGGGGUGUAUGUGACAGAUGCCUACAGCGUGGGCGCUGACGUGAAUGACCUGGUGGCAUUUCUGAAAGCUGGAGGAGGAGUGCUGAUUGCGGGGCAGGCGUGGAGCUGGGCUGCAAGUCACCCUAAGGAGAACACGCUGCUUCAGUUUGAGGGGAAUAAGGUUUCUGGUGUGGCAGGGAUCUACUUCUCUAAACAUCAGGGGGAGGUAGAGUGCCUGCCUGUCUACCCACAGAUCCCAUCCUCCUGGAUGGCUAGAGUAAUCGGAAAGGAUUUUCAGGAUGACUUGGAGUUCUUACUCGAGGGGGUUUCAGAGUUUGACCUCCAGGGUGGAGCAGUACUUUCUGAGCUUCUGGUCCACAGCCCACUAGCCUUUCCCAUUGGUACCACUGAGGAUGGACGAGCGUUCCUGGCAGGAGCCUACUAUGGGCAGGGACGGGUUAUUGUGGUUACACAUGAAGGAUUUCUGGGACGAGAGACACUGGCUCCAUUUUGGAAAAAUGCCAUUCAUUGGCUGGAUGAAGGCCGGCAGGGAGUCGUUGGUGUAGCGCCAGAUCAUGCCCUCAAAGUUCUCCGGAAGUCAGGGUUACAAUGUGAGAAGACAGACUUCAAGAAAGACCUGAGUGUAUUUGUUUGUACAGCGUACAGUGAUCAUCAUGCGGAGGAAAUCCGAGAUUUUGUGGCAGAGGGAGGAGGAUUGCUGAUUGGUGGACAUGCCUGGUACUGGGCACAGACACACCAUGGGCAAAACGAAUUAACAGAUUUCCCAGGAAACAAAAUCCUGAACACAAUGGGCUUGAGCCUGUUGAGGGCAACAAUCAGAGGAGGUACCUACAAGGCCCCUGUGCCUAGCCAGGCCAUCAAAGACGCCUACCACUUCCGCCACCUUCUACACCGCUUCGCUGGUCAUGUCACCCAGGGGGAGGAACUUACAGAGCAGGAGGAGAAAUUCCUUACAAAGCUGGGCCAGGACUGUGUUAACUACUUGCAGUUGAAGGCUCAUGACUGCUCCUCCUAUACACAGGUCGUGUCCACCCUCACUGACAUUGUGAUGAAGUCAGACAUGCCACAGGUGUGUGACAGCUGCCCUGUGAAGAGUCCCAAAGACCACCUACUCCUUAGUGUAGCGUCACAGGUAUAUAAUGUUUGCCCAAAUCCUGAUGCCCUCCUGCCAUCGCUUAUCAAGGAUAACCCCUUGAUGCCAGUUGUCUAUAACCAUAAGAUCCAGAUUAAUGCCAACACAGCAGGAGGGGAGGAGUGGAUCAGUACAGGUCUCUACCUCUCUCCUGGAAUGAAGACCUACAUUUCCAUGCCAGCAGAGAUUGUCAAUAAGGGAUGGAAGAUCCAGAUAGGCUGUCAAACAGACCAUCUCCAAUCAAAAGAAUUGAAGAGAGCACCAUGUGUUCAUGAGCGAUUUCCUAUAAUCUCAGAGAUGAUGCAGGUGUGGAACCUGUGGGGGGGACUCAUCUACCUGGUGGCUCCACCCAAUACACAAGUGAAGGGGCUAAAGGUCACAGUGCAGAUCUCUGUACCUGCGCCUUACUAUAAAUCUGGUGUGACAACAGCUCCUGAUUGGUUGUUGCUGCGGACAGCUCCCUCACCCUGGGCAGAGUUGGAGUUUGACAACAUCAUCCUUACUGUACCAUCAGAUGUUGUUCGGAGUCUGGACCGCCCGGAUCAGUUGGCAGCACAUUGGGAUAAGAUCAUGAAGGGCAUUGCUGACCUAGCUGUCAUACCACACAAAUUUCCUCGCAAAGAACGCUUUGUAGCAGAUGUGCAGAUUUCCUAUGGUUGGAUGCAUGCUGGUUAUCCUAUCAUGACACACAAGUCCACAGCAGCUGAGCUGGUCAGCACUGACCAUGCUAGGAGGGAAGGCCUGUGGGGCCCCAUCCAUGAACUGGGACAUAACCAGCAGAGAGGCUGCUGGGAAUUCCCAUCACACACCACAGAAUGCACUUGCAACCUGUGGUCAGUGUAUGUGCAUGAAGAGGUGCUGGGGAUCAACAGAGCACAGGCUCAUCCAAUGAUGACUUUAAAAAAUCGAAACAGACGAGCAGAAGACUAUGCUAAGGGGGGCAAGAAACUGAGCAACUGGGACAUGUGGGUGGCCCUGGAGACAUACAUGCAGCUCCAGGAUAAGUUUGGUUGGGAUGCCUUUAAGAAGGUGUUCGCUGCCUACCACAAGAUGAGCAACUUUCCGAGUGACAAUGACGGAAAGAUGAAUCUGUAUGCUGAGACUUUCUCCAACACUGUGGGGAUGAACCUGGCUGGAUUCUUUAAGGCCUGGGGCUGGCCCAUAAAAACAGUCACUGAGGAGAAACUCUCCAACCUGCCUCCCUGGACUGACCACCCGAUGGUCCAGUAUGACUGAACUUCAGACUGCUGCUGGUUAAAAGUGCAGAGAGAUGGGUUCAAUAAGCACAUUCUUGACGUUGAGUAUUUAGUGGGUAAUUUAAUUAACUGACUUUUUUUCUUUUUUUGUUGUUGUAUUUUUACCAUACUUAUUGCAAUAUUUGAAGAAUAAACAGGCAUUACAUAGUUGACCAGAUAUAUACAGCUUUUACAUUCAGAAGCUCCAUUUGAAAACAGGGUUGUAUUUGUUAAAUACUUUAAAACCAAAGAUACAAAAUACCAAGAGGUCAUUAAAUUAACAUGAUUGUUAACAGGUGGGCUGUACUUGUAUUUAGAAGAUUUAGAAGAGUUA